UUUUCCUCUCGUCAUAGAGCUUAUUCCUACCUACAGUAUUAUAAGAAUGAACAUAUAAAUACUACUAAUAUACAUUCAACGACCAAAGAUAUAACAAGAGUUUAAAAAGAAAUGUUUAAGAAUCGUCAGUCUCGCCGGAGAUUUCGGCUCGGAAAUUUAGCUAGGCUUGUCCACUUAAGGCAAAGCGUCAGCAACCAACCGCCCGCACCACCAAAGGAUCUUCAAGAAAUUUUGUUACAAUCGCCACCACAGUCACCUCCAUUUCAGCCACCUCCGUAUCAACUUCCAUCGCCAAUGCCUUCUUCACUCCCGCCGUCUUUUUCAAAAGAUGGUGAAAAUCGCCGCUCUUCGUCACCGGAACCGAAGUUACCAGCAUUUCAACCACAACCGCGGCUGCUUUCAAAUCAAUUUUCACCGUCAAAACUUCCACUGGAACCAAAAUCAUCACCACCGUCACGUUUAUCACCAAAAACAAAGGAAGAGCCUCAACUGCAGACAACGCCUCCAUUGCCGCCACAACUGAGUGAAUCUCAGCCGCCACCUCUAACAUCAGAGCCUCCUUCACCGCUAACGCCAGAAGCAAAAAAGACACCAUCCCUUCAGUCAACGCUAAACGCUAUUGAUAAAACUCAGUUCCAAUCCCCACACCCAUCGCAAGCAUCACCAUCGUCUUUAUCAGAAAACCGUGAAUCUCAGCCGCCUUUACCACCACCAAAAUCCAACACCCCAACGUCUCCGCCGUUAAGGCUGAACGCUAAUGAAGAACCUCAGUCCCAACCGCUUCCACCAUUUCCUCCGCCGUCUAAAUUUACAGCUGAAACUCAGUUCCCAUCGCGAGCGUCACCACCAAAAACCAAAACUCUGCCGUCUCCACCGUCACAACAGUCUCCACCGCUUCCACCGUCUAAAUCAAUUGAUGAAACUCGGUUCCGAUCAUUGCUUCUGUCGCAAGCAUCGCCACCAUCAUUAUUACUGUCUAAACCUAGUGAAUCUCAACCACCUUUGCCACCACCAGAAGCUAAAACUCCACCGUCACCACCGUCAUUGUCAGAAUCCGGUGAAUUUCAACCGCCUGUACCACUACCAGAACCGAAAACUCCACCGUCAACGAACGCUGCUGAAGAAUCCCAGUCCCAACCGCCUCCAGCGCUUCUGCCAUCUGAAGCCGUCGAUGAAGCUCGGUUCCAACCAUCGCCUCCGUCAUUUUCAGAACCCGGCGAGCCUUUAACACUACGAGAAGCCAAAACUACACCGUCAACGUUAAACGCUGCUGAAGAAUCCCAGUCCCAACCGCUUCUGCCGUCUAAAGCCAUUGAUGAAACUCGGUUUCAAUCAUCGCCUCAGUCGCCGUCACUAUCAGAAUCUGGCGAAUCUCAACGGCCUUUGCCACCACCAGAUGCAAAAAUUCCACCCUCAUCCAAUGAUGAAACUGGGUUCCACUCAUCGCUUCCUUCGCCACCAUCAUUGUCGGAGUCUCGUACAUCUCAACCGCCACGAGAAGCCAAAACACCACCGUCAACGCUAGACGCUACUGAAGAUUCCCAGCUACAACCGCUUCCGCCGUCUAAAUCUAUUGAAGAAACUGGGUACCAGGCACCUCCUCCCUCGCCGCCGAUUUCGCCACCACCACCAUCAAAAUCUAUAGAUGAACCUACAUCAACACCGCCAUUGCCUGUAUCUGGCCAAAAAUCCAGAUCUCAAACAUCACCACCACCAUCAUCAUCGUUAUCGCCGAAAGCUACUGAUAAUAUCCAAUCUCAAUCACUUAUGCCGCCACCAUCUCCAACGGCUCUGACGUCACAAUCACAGCUUCCGCCUCCUCCGAACUCCCAAAUUAAACCUAACCCAAUCGAAUCUCAUUCUCCGAAACCCACAAACACCGAAUCUCAUAAUUCACAACAUCAUAACAAAGAUCAAAAUCACAUUCCAGAAAAACCGGACGCCAAGCUCAUGGAGAUUCCGGGUGAGAAUGACGAUCCGAAAGAGGAAAUCACGGGGAGAGUUAAGCAACACAGGGGAAGCGCGAUUUGGUCAGACAUUAAUAAUUCAGUGCCGAUGAUGACGACGAUGAUGUUCAUUAACAGUAAUGUCCAAGGGAUUAACGCUUCUCUCUCGCUCGAUUCAUCUUCCAUCGAUCAUGAGCCAGGCGUCCACUUGACCAUCGAUUAUGAUCAAACUUGUGAUUUUUCUUCAGCGCUGUUUUAAUAAAAUCUUGGGAAAACUCUG